AGGGCAUUUGGGCAUUUUGUAAUUGUGAUGAUUAGAUUCACAGUAUUGAGAUAGCAUACUUUAGGGUAAAAGAAGAGGGGACCAAUUCAGGGAGAAUGACGUUGUUUGGGAUGGCUUUGUCUGAUCUCAGAAGUUGGUCAAAUUUGUUUAAUAGUUGGGCAGGAGAUCUCCAGGAAAUUCCAUGCCUGGAAAGUUGAAAAACAAAUGUCCCUGAAGAAGGGAACAGCAAACCAGUCACUAUUUCAGCUUAUUCUGCCUUGCAAGGGUAUUGAGAGGGUAAAAAAGAAGACAACAGAAAGAAAUGGUGGAAACUUAUAAUAAUUCCAGUAGGUUUUGUAAACUGCUAAAUGUUACUUUAAAAUGCCCAAUGUCUUAUGGUGAGGCCUUUAUCUAAAUGCAAUUUAUAUUACAGCAUUGAUAUUACAACAAUAGCAAGUGAGAGGAUGCAUAUAAUUUCAAAUAUGCCUGUGUACACAAGGACCUACUCUGUUACCUGUAACGCUCCUUGCAGCCCUUUCUCUCUCGCGCACAAACACGCAUCUGCCCUCCUUUACUUUCUUUCCAGAUCAGUGCCAGCUCUGUAAUCUCAGUUGAUGUUUAACUAGCGGGGAAGCUUCUCGCUUUCAAGGGCAGAGAGGGACACUGGAAAUGGUCGGCUUGCGCAGGUGGCCGGACCAGCAGAGCUAGUUUUAGCAAACCAAUCGGGCACUCUCUCGAUCCAGCCGCUGGCAGCCUGACUGUAAACAAGUUGGUGGCCUGUUUCACCGGCGGGCUCUGGCAAGCUCCCCUUGCAUCCCACCGUGGGGAGCAGAGCGCGCGACAGAAGGGACGCAAGCCGCGCUGACUGCACAGGUCCCGUCGGAGCGAGCCUCGCCUUCGGGGCUGUUUACGGUUUGGCUCCCGGGCAACUCUGACCUCACCGUUCAAAGGCACUGCUGGGAAACGGAGCUCCCUCGCGGCGGACUGAUAAGCCCCGGAGAAGACAAGGCUUUCGCUUUGGCUGGCGGGCGGGCGAGGGAGGGAGGGAGGAGCGGCGGAGGCGCGCCCGCCUCCUUGUCGCCGCCGCUUUUGCGCGGGGAAGCUCGUCCAGAUUUCUGAAGUUUGAGUCCCCUCUUCCCCGGUGUCCCCUCUGAACCGCGCGACUGGGGCACUGUGGGGAGGGGAAGAGAAGAGAGUGGGUCGGACCCCGAAGUGAAUGUCUCCAGAUGAAACGACAGUUUUGGAUUUUCUUUUCCUUCAUGGCAAGAUCAGCAAUUAGACAUCUGGAAAGCUUUAAUCUAGCUUACUACUCCAAAAGAUCCUCAGCAUUUCUUCAGUAGCGUGUGCAGAGUCAAAAUCAUCUUCAUCUAUCCAAUCUAUACUCCUGGCCAGUUGGUCAAGUCUGCAGCAGUCUCAAGCUGAAUCCCCAGAAAAAUGCUUCCAAGAGAAGAAGAUGGCAUCAGGUAACCCCAGAGAACUGGAUCCAGGAAUUCAUCCUGCACAGAUAGGAGAGGGCACUCUGGAAACUGAGUCCGUGUCACUGGCUGUAGGGGAAGGGUUCCCAAAUGCAAUUUCUCUCUCAUUUUCUGUCAAGAGUCGCUCUGCACAGGAUCUCAGUCUGCAGCUACAAGAAGCAGCAAGAAAGAAAUUAUGGGCCCUGGAAAAUGACGAUAAAGAUGUUUGUGCCGUCUUCAAGGAGCUGUCAGCCAGGCUGGUGUGCAUCCAGGCACAGGAGGAUCGUUUUCUGCUUUCCUUCAGAACUGUGGAAGAAAUCUGGAAGUUUUCAACUUACUUGGCACUCGGGUAUGUGGGUUGCUGCCUGGAGCACCUUCUCUUCACUCCUGAGCACUGGUUGAACUAUGCUCAAGUAGACGAUACUGAGAUCACUGUUACUGUCGAUGAAGACUGCAUGGCCACCAUGUAUCUGGGUCUUCUGCUCCAGGAAGGCAACUUUUUUGCCACAGCAACACUCACUGUCCUUGCAGAGGAAGAAGAAGAGGAUUUAAAGCUUCUCAAGAAUGAGUUAGUCCAUGUGAAAGACAUUGGGCAUGAAACCAAGUGGGAAGGGACAUCACUGUUGACUGAUCAGAGGGGCCUGGUCCAUGUCACAACUAUAGAACCAUUGUCCCAUCCCUUUUACCAGUGGUUUUUGAAGAAUUAUCCAAUCAGUUGUGGCAUAUCCCAAGAAAUCAGUGGGCCUGAUUCUUCACAGAUUGGCCAAGGGAGGUGCACAGCCAUUGAAGAUCACAGAGGGAAAGGAUGGGAUGAGUUAAGUUAUUGCAAAGGAGAUGUCCUAGAAGUGAUCGGCUUUCUCAUUCCAGGUCUUCAGUGGUUUAUAGGGAAAUCCACAACUAGUGGGACAAUUGGCUUUGUCCAAACCAAAUCUGUGCAGCUUGAGAGUUAUGAAUCAAUGAAAAAGAGCCCAGUGUUUUUUAGUGAAGAAGAAAUUUCUGCCUUUCUCCAGGCUCCGUGUAAUGGCAAUGAGGUAUAUUACAGUAAUCUUCUUAAUGAAUGGGCACAGACAGACAUCACCUCUGUAUAUAGACUUGAUGGCUUUGAACCUAUUGUGAUGUACCCACAAACACCAUCAGAUGCUGUUGUACAUGGACAUAAAGAUGGCUGGAUGUUUGAAGGUUGGGGGAAGCAAUCUUAUGAUAGUUUAUCUACUCAUACUGAUUCUGAACAGUCCACUCCAGGAGGUGAAUCUUCACCUUCCACCUGUGAACACUUGCCUUUGCCAGGACCAGAUGACCUUGAUGACCCCAAGUUCUUUAUUGAUCUAAAUGCUGGGCACAUGGAAGACUCUGAUGUGUUUGAUCCUAUAUUGACCUUCCUCAAUCAAGAUAGCUAUGUGGCUCAUUUCCAAAGUCUGUAUGACCUCUCUUUUUCCUUCCUCAGUUCUACCUUCUAUGGUUUCACCAAUGAGGAGGAGCUAGUCAUAUAUUUGGAAACAUCCAGGAACUGGGCCAAGAAGGGUCACCUUGCUUGGGCUCAUAUUCGGAUAUGUUAUCUUUUGGGCCGUCUCUGUGUCAGGAAGGCCAAGUUCUCCCAAGCACGAGUCUAUUUUGAGGAAGCCAUGAAUACUAUGGACAAGGGGUUUGAAGAUCUACCUCUACUUACAUCAUUGCAUGUAAACCUUGCUGCCAUUUAUCUAAAGCAAAAGAUGAAGCAAAAGUUCUUAUCUGUGAUUGGGAAAGGGAUGACACUUCUGGUCUGCUUGUCUGGACACUGCUUCAGUUCUGAGACUGAACUAGAGGUUGUGAUGUACAUCCUGAGAGAAGCCAUUGCUGUAGGCAACACUGCAAUGGAAGUUCGGUCCUGCUUCCUCGUUGUCAGGCUCUUCUUGCAGCUGGGCAAGUAUGAUGAGGUCCUUCCUUUUGCAGAACGCUUGCAGUUCCUGAAUGCACAUUUCACCAGCCAGAUUACCAAUGUACCUCCUCUAGAUACAAUGCCUGUUCUUGCCAACCUAUAUGAAAAAAAGUACUUGCCCCAUGUAGCUUUGGCAUCUGCCAGGAUGUUUUCCCCCAGCAAUAUAAAAGGUGGCCUGACACCCAUCUGGAGAGCUGGAUUCAUCCUUGCAAACACCUCGAAACUCUUGAAAGUCCAAGGGAAAAGCAGCCACAGCAUCUCAGCUUUGGCUUGCUUCUAUCUGCAUUGCGGGUUGGCCUUUUCCCAUGAAGCUGGGGCUGUAUCGACUGAAAAAGCCUUGUGUGCACUUUUAUCCAAAUUGUACCUCAAGCAUGGCAUGCUACAAAGGGCUGUGCAUUAUUCCAACCAGGCAGUUACCCUUGGCAAAGUGAUGGCUGAAGAAGAAGCAUUUGAAUCAUCCCUUUCUCUGGGGUGGCUGUUUAUUUUGAACAGUCAGCCGGAAAAGGCAUCAGAGAUUAUGUGGUACCUCCUGUGUUCUCUGCGGCAGACAGACAGUGUCACACAGGAUGGGGUGGUUCACAACCUUUUAGCCAUUGCCCUUAAAAGAGAAGGGCAGAUGCAGAAGGCAGCAGAGAACUACUUAUGGGCCUUGAAUAAAGCCCGGGAAAAUGGAAAUCAGCGGAAUCAAGCCAUUGCCUUAGCCAACUUUGGUUGCCUGGUCACAUCUUUGGGGGCUUACUACUUAGGGGAAUACUAUUUUCUCCAGGCCAUUAAGGUGUAUUUUGAACUCCAGGAUGGUGAUGAUACACAGAUUGAACUGGUGCACAUUUUGUUAUGGUUGGCUCAGUCCAAGCUGGAGAGGUGUAAGGCAGAAGAAGGCAUAGUCUUUUAUGAGUUGGCCUUGGCCAUUGCCUUGAAGACUCAAAAUGUGAUAAGUCAACUUCAUGUCACUGAGUCCCUCUGCCAUUUCUAUAGUAAAGUGCAUCCUGAUACCAGAGCCUGCAUUGUAUACCAUGAGCACCAGGUCCUCCUAGCUCAGCAACUCCAGGACAGAGAAAAAGAAGGACAUCUUCUACAGGUCCUCAGCCAACUCUACCAGAGUUUGCAUACACCCAGAUCUUUGAAACAGGCAUUGGACUGUACCAAGCAGAGCCUCAGAAUAUUUAUUGACCUGGAGGAAACUGUUAAAACAGCCCAGGCCUGGCUGCAGGCUGGUAGGCUCUACUAUCAAAUGCAAGAGAAUGAACUUGUGGAAAUGUAUUUACAGGCAUCCGUAGAGACAGCCUUGAAACCCAAAGAGCUGCACCUGGCCAUGGGAUUGUAUGAAGAGGCAGGAGAUGUCUUCUUCAAUGGGACCAAGAACAGGCAUCAGGCAGUGGAAUAUUACAGGGGAGGAGCUAUACCUUUGGCCAGGAAACUGAGAGACGUGCAGACGGAGUUGAGAGUAUUCAACAAGCUAGCUGAACUGCAAAUUGGGCUCCACAAUUAUGAAAAUGCUUUGGAAUUUGCUACCUUAGCGGUCAGACUCAGCGUGGAUGUAGGAGAUCAUUUGCAAGAACUGGUUGCCUUUCAUCGGCUGGCAACUGUAUAUUAUUUUCUGCAAAUGUAUGAGAUGGCUGAAGAUUGUUACUUGAGGACACUCUCUUUGCAUUCACCAGAAUUGCAAGGGGUUCAAGAAGCCGUAUAUUAUUCCAAGGUUUACUGCCGACUGGGAGAUCUCACUCUGCACAAAUUAAAGGAUGAACAAGAUGCAGCCAGUUAUUUUUUCUUGGCCUUGGCUGCUGCCACUGAGUUGGAUGACUGCAGUUGGCAAGGCAAGAUCCAGGCCAAGCUGGCUGAAAUAUUUACUGCUUCCCAAACAAAUAAGAGCCCAAGAGGGUGGACAGCGUAUCGGGCCCGAUGGUUAAGUGAAGGAAGACAUGAUGUAUGAUACGUCUCCUUAUAGAACUACAGCUCUGAAGAAAUGACAUUCAUCAUCUUGCCCCUCUGCUGAGAAAAGAAGAGAAUCAGCAUCUGGUGCUUCCAGUUCUUGUGUUUCUGAAUGAAUAGAAAUCCUGUGGACUGUUGUAAGCAGAUGUACACUUGCCAUCAGCUCAUGUGUUCUGAAUGAAAAAGGAAGCUCCUUUUUGUAUUUUAUCAGAGGCAGCAACAUGUAAAGAAGACUUUACUCACGUGCAUGGGCCUUAUUUAAGAAAUAAGAGGAUGUAAAAGAGGCAGUUAAAGCAAGAUAAUGAAUGCACAAAGUGGGAGCUGGAAAGAUAUGGGGGUGCAGGUUGUCUGCGCUAAGAAUGAGGCUGAUUCUCAGAGACAAGCACCAAGAGAAUAUUCAACUUGCCCCCGUUCAUCCUCAGUGCCAAAAGGCAAGGUGCCUUUCAAGACAGAUGAACAGAAAGCCUCUGACAGACGGAGUAAAAGAGAAAAUGAGAGUGUGAGAAAAUGCUCUUGUGGCAAAUGUGAUUCUUCGCUCCUGUGUAUUUCAUCAGUUAUCUGUGCUUAGACCAGCUAGGGGGCAGAAUCCACCCAUCCACGGCUCCUCUCAAAAAGCUGAGGAGGGCCAGAUCCAUACUUCGGUGGGAAGCCAUGAUGAAAUCCCAGGGCUGUAAGCUAGACUAUGAAGUAAAAAAAAAAGCAUCACAACAAAUUGCUUCUGUGUUAUUGUCAAAAUAAUGCAAGAGCAUGCACAAAGUCACCAAGUGCCAAGUACAACUCAGCGACUUAUCAGUAUUUAUAUUUACUCUGGUUUCUCACUCAUAUCUGUCUCACACUGCAAAUAAACUAAAUUAGAUCCCAGAAGUCUCCUUUGGAAAGGAUGGAACCCAGAAUACCAUAUCCUAAAUACGGCUGAGUCCUGCACAGGGGUCUCCUUCCUUCUUAGUGGGUUGCAUUGCCAGAUCUCCACUGAUCCUGAGGAAGAGAGGAAAUGGCUCCUGUAUAUCCAGAGAAGGAGGGGCAUGACUGGAAGCCUCUUGGGAAAGCACGCUUGGCCAGGUGUACUAGGCCUCCAUACUGCUGGUGGGUGACUGCAAAACUUCAGUAUUUUCAGAGUCUUUCUCUCAGUCACAUACCCUUGGGAAGAGCAUGCUUACAACACCACCAUGGCUCUAUUUGACACGUAACUCGUUGGAUUACUUUGAGUCAGCCACUUGCUCUCUGACCAGCCUACCUCACAGGGUUAUGAAGGGUUGUUAACAAGCUACAAAUGAGAUGACCUCUGUGCAUGAUGACUUGACUUGAUCUCUUUAGACAAAGGUCAGGAAAUAAAGACACUUUUUUUUUUUUUGGCCUGUAAACCAUUUAUUGUCCUCACAACCAAAAAUCAAACAUUUGUUUUCAAGCUGUUUUUCAGAAUAGAAGUGUGCUUUUUAAAAGAAAAAAGAAAGGAAAUUAAACUUCUAAGGAUGCCUUAUGUUGUGCUGGCUUUGAGAUGCUACAGUUUUAUAGAAUAUCCGAUAGCCCCACCAAGUAUGUUCAGUUCUAGGUGUUCUCGGUUCCAAAUGAGAAGUCAAAGCCAGUUGUCCAGGGCUUCUGGGAGAGGAAAUAUUUUGAUCUGACCAGGGUUAAAAAUGGGAAAUGGAAUUGAGAUGGCUCAUUUUUGAUGUUGUGUGGUUGGACUGUGCUUCCUUUUAAGUCAGAGUACAAAGAGUAUAUCUGUCCUCUGAAUAGCAUGCCAGAAACAAGAUCCAUAAAAGGAGUGUAGCCAGGAUUACAUCUGAUUUAAUUCAGUUUAAAAUUAAAUGAAUUAACUGCAGUUACAAUAGUAGGAUAACUCCCCAGUCCCUGAAUUGUUUUUCCUUGAAAAUUAUGAUCAGGUGGGAAAUUUGGAGCAAUUCUGGGGCUCAAAGGCUUUAGGGAACAGCAGACUAUGCCCCUCUGCUUUAGAUCACUUUUCUUCAUGAAGCAUUCUUGAAAUGUCUUGCCUUAUGGCAUUCCUUUUAGAUCCUGCUAUGCAGAAAUGCAAAGCAGACACAACUUCACCUUAUUUUGUUUUUUUCAAGAAUAUUCUAGUGGAGCUUGUCCAUUCAUUUCCACUCUGGGAUGAAUUGGAUGUCUCAGCAUUUUAGAGCAGAGCUGACUCCCCAUGCAACAAAUAAUGAUCGUGCCAGAUCCUGUUUUGAACAUUAAGGAAGAAACACAAACCAGUUGCAAGCUUUGUGUCUCUCUGUCUACUGGUGAGACCCCGGGGGACUUCCACUGGCCUGAUUUAUGUCUGAAUGUUGAAUUUUGCAAAAAGGUAUGAAUCAAAGUGGUGAAGGACAUGUCACAAAAAAACUGGAGAAGUAUUCAUAAAACUAACAAGGAUUGUUUAUGAACAUCUUCUCGGUUAUGCCAACAGCCGUCCUGAAGCAGGAUAAUAAUUCGAAAUUCUUCCAUUCUCUACAAAGCAUUGCUGCAGCCAUUUGCAAUGACUUCAGAACAAAUGUUGCAGCACCUAAAUAACUAAGUAUGAGAGGGUCAUGGCUCAAAGUUAGACAACAUGUUAGGUAUGCAGAGGGCUCCAAGCACAGUCUUUAUUACCUUGCAUGAAAAAUGCCUCCAAUAGCAAAUCUGCGGAAUAUCUGAGAGACCCACUGAACUUCUUCUAGACCUAAUGCUAAGCCACACGAGCUAAUGGUCUGAUUCUGUACAACAGCUUCUUCCUAUGUUUAUAUAUGAUCCUGGGUGUUAUCACUGGCUAAACAGCUUUCAGUGUUUCCUUUUUACUUGUACCAUAGCUCAUCUCACCAUUAGAGGGCAAUAAAGACAAUAUUUUCAGUUCCUUCA